AAUCCUACAUUAAAUGGUGCUUCUUCUAUUUGUUCUGGAUCUGGAUGUCCAACUAAAGUGUAUAAUAUUGGAAGCUUUGGAAUUUUAAUAGAGAACCGCACUCUACCUUUUACGUUUGGCAUUAAAUUUGAAAUUACAUCAGAUACAACAAUUAAAGCUUGUG